AUGAUCAGCAGAGGUAUUACUCCAUGUGUUAAAACUUACACCUCUUUGAUUCAAGGAGUUUGUGAUUUCGGCCGGUGGGAACAAGCUAUCAGGUUGUUGAAUUAUAUGGUGAGUUUGAAUUAUAUGGUGAGUCAAGGUGUCUUUCCAGAUGUCGUCACCUUCAAUGUCUUGGUUGAUACAAUCUGUAAGGAAGGGAAGGUUGUGGAAGCCCAAAGUGUGAUUGACAUCAUGUUUCAAAGACAUAUCGAACCUACUGUGGUUACGUACAAUUCGCUUAUGGACGGUUACUGUUUGCGAGGAGAGAUGAAUGAGGCGAAACAAGUAUUUGAUCUAAUGGUUCAGAAGGGUUCCAUAGUUGAUGUUUGUAGUUGUAAUAUAUUGAUAAACGGAUAUUGCAAGAGUAAAACGGUCGAUCAGGCUUAUAAGGUUUUCAAGAGAAUGAAUUGUUGGGAGCUGGUUCCAGACACCAUCACCUAUACCACUCUUAUUGACGGAUUUUGCAAAGUGGGGAGGAUGCAAGAUGCCCAAAAGUUGUUCUCUGAGAUGCAUUGUGGUGGCCAACUUCCAAAUGUUCAAACUUACGCUGUUUUACUUGAUGGCCUUUGUAACAACCAACAACUUUCUACGGCACUGGAACUGCUUAGAGAGAUGGAAGGGAAGAAGUUGGAACUAGAUAUUGUAACCUACAACAUUAUCAUUGAAGUGGACUUUGUGAAGGUGGCCUUUUAA